AUGACGCGCGAUAUCCGCUCGUUCUUCGGAGCAGCGCCACCACCGGCCAAAAAAUGCCGUACAAUGGACGGAGUUGACACGUCUGAGCAGCGAACAGUCACGCGUGAGCACGAUGAGAUGAUCGUUGCGAAACAGGACGUAGAGCAGGAUCAAAGUGGUGACCAAGACGACGAGCAGAGUGUAACGAAGCAAGUGACGCGCUUCGCUGAGUUGCAAACGACAGUGCUACUGCGCUCUCUGAUGCACGAGUCGUGGUACACGCUCUUGCAGAAAGAUCUCGUCCGCGGGUCGUUUCAAGCACUGACACGCUUUCUGCAGGGCGAAGAAGAGCGCAAGAGGGUUCUCUACCCCUCUCCAGCUAACGUGUUUGCUGCGCUGAGAGACUGCGCGUUCUCUGGUGUCAAGGUCGUGAUUCUCGGCCAGGAUCCGUACCACGGACCACAACAGGCGCACGGAUUGAGCUUCUCCGUGCGUCACGGAGUCCCGCCACCUCCAAGCCUUAAGAACAUUUUCAAAGAAGCUAUGAGCGAUGUCGGUAUUGCGCGUCCCUCACACGGCUGUUUGUCGUGCUGGAGUCGUCAGGGAGUGCUGCUUCUCAAUACGGUGCUGACCGUACGUCAAGGCAAACCGAACUCCCACAAGAAGCGCGGCUGGGAGCAGUUUACCGAUGCUGUCAUCUCGAAGGUUAGUAAAGACGCAUCGAACGUCGUCUUCCUGUUGUGGGGGAAACCCGCCCAGGAAAAGGGUCUGUUGAUCGACUCGAACCGGCACCUCGUGGUGCGAUCCUCGCAUCCGUCACCGCUGGGUGCUACCAAGACAAACGCGCCAUUUCUCGGAUCGAAGUGCUUCUCGCGUGCCAACAGCUACCUAGAAAAGCACGGUAAAGAUCCCAUUGACUGGAGCGUCCGAUAG